CACACACACACUCAUACACACCAGCAAUCGCUUGCCUUUUUCCAUGCCAUGUCUCUUUCUGUGUUGCGACUGCUGAAAACCAUUCAGGGAGACCCCGACGACCGCCAGCUUUUCUGAUCCUGGUCUCCGAUGUUUUCUUGCUUCUGCUUCAGCAUCCAGAACCAUUCCUUCAGCAGCCCUGCUUUGCCAGAGUGUGGCGAAGAUACAGAGUCUGUACAUGAGGACCAAACAACCAAUUCCAUUCACAGAGAUGAAAACAAGGAAAACUACCCAGACAAAGCUAUAGUCUUAGAGGAAAACCAGGCAGUGUUCCAAGACACUCAGACACCCUGUGAUGGCACAUUAAGGGUUGGAAUGGGGAACUUAAAAUCCAGAAAGCCCACAUCUAUUUCAAAAACAGAAAAUGGGAAAAAACAUGAAGAAAGCCAGGAGAUGGGAAAUACAUUGCCAUGGCUCUCGGACUGUCAGAGGAAAACGGGGACGCAAGCUAAUGAUUACACCGAGAAUGUGGCAUUUAGAUACCAGGAAACAGUCAUCAAGUUUCAACCCAGGACAGAUCAGAGUGCAUUCAUUUCACCAAAGGAAGCUACUGAACAUUUGCAGAACUUCACUGAGGAAGAAACUCCUUCGCCUCCGGCCUCAAAGGAUCUAGCUACUUCAUCAAUCCCAAGCAUCGUUCAAGUCGAUGGAGACAGUUGCGGAGAGCCUGUACAAGCCUACAAAGAGGGCCACACUGAUACAGACAAUGGACACGAAGACCAUCAUUCCUUAGGGACCAGCAGACUGCUGUAUCACAUUACUGAUGGAGAUAAUCCUCUGCUUUCUCCUCGCUGCUCUAUUUUUAGCCAAAGCCAGAGAUUUAAUUUAGACCCUGAAUCGGCUCCUUCCCCACCAAGUGCUCAAUUGUUCAUGAUGCCAAGAAGUUCUUCCAGAGGUAGCUGUGAUGACUGCAAAGAGCCCCAGACCAUAGCACAACUUACAAAGCACCUGCAAAGUCUUAAGAGGAAAAUCAGGAAAUAUGAAGAAAAGUUUGAGCAAGAAAAGAAUUAUCGGCCUUCCCACGCUGACAAAAUAUCAAAUCCUGAGGUAAUGAAAUGGAUGAACGACUUGGCCAAAAGUCGGAAACAGCUUAAAGAGCUGAAACUUAAAAUGUCGGAAGAACAAAGCUGCCCCUUCAAAGAACCUCAGAGGAAGCUUCAUCAGGAGAGCUCUAAAGAGAUGGUGAAGCAGGAUGCAGCAGGUGCUCCCCUGAGUCCAUCUGUAGAAGAAACCAUGGAGGCUGUGAUGAAACAAUUGAGGGAAAAGCAACAGCAGCUCAGUAUCCCCGAGAACAUUAAGAUAAACAAGCAAGAUAGGAGUCUGAUGAAACCCCUUUAUGAAAGAUACAGAAUUAUCAAGCAGCUCCUGUCGACACCAUCUUUGAUUACAACCAUUGAAGAGGAAGAUUCCGAUGAAGAUCACUCCCAGAGCAGCUAUGAAUUAUCCUCUGCUAUGUCCCUCAACCUGCCCACUGAUGGACAUCUGUGUCAUUCAGAUGAGGAGAACGAGCCCGCCUUCGUUUCACCCCUGGAUGAAAAGAAAGCAAUCAAGCAGCCUGCCCUGUCGAUGUCCAACUUGCAUGAGGCCACAAUGCCUGUGCUACUGGAACAUCUUCGAGAAGCAAGAGCUGACAAGAAAAGGCUAAGGAAAGUGUUACGCGAAUUUGAGGAACAGUUCUUCAAGCAAACGGGAAGGAGUCCCCAGAAGGAAGACCGCAUCCCCAUGGCAGAGGAGUACUCUGAGUACAAGCACAUCAAAGCCAAGCUCCGGCUGCUUGAGGUUCUCAUCAGCAAGCAUGAUGUCUCCAAAACCAUCUGAAGCCAAUGGUUUGCAAUAGUAAAAUGCCCUGGUGUGGGAAUAGACUAGAGAGAGAGGGAGGGAGGGAGGGAGGGAGAGAAAGAGAGAGAGAGAAUUACACAGGUCUGGUUCUUUCUGCACAAUGAUUUAACACCUUGAAAUUCUGAUGCACUUUAUUAAUGUUAUGCCGCUGCAGGUGAGCGUGUGAGAGAGAUUGUAGCGGGUGUGAGAAUGCAGGAGGAAGGAGUGAUUGAAUGGAGGACUGCUUCUACUCUGUGAGUCAUUGCCUAUUUCUGGACCCAGUUUUUCCUCUGACAGGUUUUCCCUCGCCUACCCCAAAGGAGGCAGCCAGAUGCAAAUCCAGGAAUCUGGAUUAGGGGGGGGAACCACCUGUUUCUCUGAAAGCUCCACUGGAAGGCGUUUUCAGGCAGGUGAUGUUACUCCAAGAAGCAUACUAAAGAUAUGGGAAGGACAAUGCAACCCUCUAAAUAGGGUAACCCAUUUUCUUCUCUUCAUUUUUCUGGCCCAUGCUGUGCAAAGGGGGAAACAUAGGCAUACUCUACGGCUCCUGAGCUGACCAA